AUGGAUAAUUAUCAUUAUGAUUUAUUUAAUAGUUGGUUGGGAUUAGAAAUCUCUGCAGAAGAUGAGAAUAUUGAAGACACUCAGGAAAAUUUAACUGGAUGUUUAGACCACCACCCUCACGCGCAAUCAAAUGAUAACGCUGAGAAAUCAUCACGCGAGUUAUUAUUGGAACAACAGAUUAAUGAGCUCCUCGAAGAAAAUGCUUCAUUAAAAGCCGAGAUUGCUCUGGUAAAUGAAAAAUUAUCAAGAUUUGAUGAUAACUUAAAGAAGUUUCUGAAUCCAGAUCAGUUGUUACUUUUAAAAAAUAACGCUGCAACAAAUUCAAAACAUUGGUCCGAAGAAACUAUAAAGAAAGGACUUCGGAUUCGCUUGUUAAUGGGUACUAAAGCCUACAAAAAUUUAAGGGACAUUGAAGGGUUUCCCUUACCUGCUUUCUCUACUUUAUACAGUCGGCUAUCUGGCUUAAAUUUCGCCCCUGGAACUUUUGAUAAUAUUAUUGAAUGGCUAGGGGUAAAAAUUAAACAAGAACAAGAUCAAACUGCUCAUUAUUGCGUAUUGGCAUUAGAUGAGAUGUCAAUUCACCCUGCUGUUGAGUAUGAUCGCGCUCUUGAAAAAUUUAUUGGAUUAGUGACACCGGAAUUAGCCAGAAAUUCAACUGAAGCUGACUCAAUGGCUUCUCACGCGAUUGUAUUCGUUGCUUGGGGGUUGACAAGUCAUUGGAAACAAUUAAUCGGUUAUGCAUUAACUGGAAAAUCUGUUACUUCGGAGGUCUUGUGGAAUUAUGUCAAACAAAUCGUUGAAAAACUGUACCAGCAGGGAAUCAUCGUGAAAUGUAUUUCUACGGAUGAAGGAUUAACCAACGUUGGUAUGUGGUCAUUAAAUGGUAUUACUUCCAGCCGUUAUUUGGUCUCUUCUUUUAGUCAGCAUCCGUGUAACUCUAAUGAACGUCUCCAUUGGACCUCUGAUGUUCCACACGUACUAAAACGAAUUUGGUCACAACUAUUAAAGUCCACAUUCACUUUAAGUGCGGCUACGGUUGUAGCGAAUAAUUUAACAUCUUCAAAGGUUAAUAUUACCCAUGUUCGACAGCUUGUAGAGUACCAAUCACUUGGUGGGCCUGUUCUA